UCAACCAUUCAUCACCGGUUCAUUGAGUCAGACAUUUCCUUGUAAAUAGGAAUGUAUUCGCAUUGGAAGAUGAUCCAAAAUAAGUCGGAGAGCUCAGAACUUUGCCUAUAGGCUGAAAAUAUAGACGCUAGAAAUGCAUGCAUGCAACACAAACUGCAUCGAAAAGCCUAUAUCAAUAGGAUUUCAGAAACUGGGUCUUUUCGUGGGUAAACAUCCGUGGGUGUUUUUACUUUUACCGUCGAUGUUAUCCGGGGGUCUCGGAGCGGGGUUUUACUUUCUCGGUGAAAGAGAAGCAAAUGACAUCGAAGACCAGUUCACGCCCGCUAACGGCCAGGCUAAGACAGAGAGACAAUAUGUCAAAACCUAUUUUCCUCACAGUGACGAAUUCUCUCAGUUGAGGCUGUACACAGAAGGGGCUUACGCGUCGUUGAUCGUGCAAAGUUGUUCGACCAAAGACCUUCUCUCAAAGGAUCUGUUUCGAAAAGUAAUCGACUUGGACCAGAAAGUACGAAACAUCACGUCAAAAUUAAGAGGAAGAACCUAUGCUGAUCUCUGUGCAAAUUCAAAGGGAAAUUGCGCUUCAAAUGCAGUUUUAGACAUUACAUCCAAAGCUGGCAACACAUCUAUUGAAUAUCCAUUUCAUCAAGGCGAGUUUUUAGGAUCAACAAUUGGCGGUGUGACUCUGAAAUCGAACAGCAAAGCAAUACAAAGUGCAGAGGCAGUUCGGCUUUUCUAUUAUUUAAAAGAUGCCCAAACUGAAAUGGACAGAGGCGAGAAUGGUGCGUGGCUACAGGCUUUUACAAAGACUUUUUCAGAAGAAAAACAGACCUACAGAUAUCUGUAUCUCAUUUCACUUCCAUUUCAAGAGAAGAAGAAUUUGACAGGAAUUCAAAGACAGUGAUUCCAUUAUUCUCCAUGACUUACUUUCUGGCCAUUAACAUUGCAGUUGCUUCAUGUCUCAGGUUGGACUGUGUGAGAAACAAAGUAUGGGUGGCCUUGGCAGGUGUUCUCUCUACAGGCCUGGCUGUGCUUACCAGUUUUGGAUUGCUUCUCUUCUGUGGGAUGCCAUUUUCAAUGACUGUUGCCAGUGCCCCUUUUCUCAUUCUCGGUAUUGGUGUGGAUGACAUGUUCAUCAUGAUCUCGUGCUGGCAGAGGACAAGGGUUCAUGACAAGGUAGAAGAUCGCAUGGCAGAGACGUACAAGGAGGCAGCUGUCUCCAUCACCAUCACCACUCUGACUGAUGCCCUGGCCUUCUACGUUGGCCUCUUGACGCCUUUUCGCUCUGUACAGUCCUUCUGCACGUACACCGGAACAGCCAUCCUCUUCUGCUACAUCUACAACAUCACGUUCUUCGGUGCCUGUCUGGCGCUGAAUGGACGACGGGAGAGAAGCAACAGACACUGGCUGACAUUCAGGAAGGUUAAAACUCCAGAUGAAGACAACAAGAGCAAUGCCUGCUCAGUCGGUGGUGCUUAUGAUCCUGAGACAGGUGCAGAGGUGGGAAUGCCCAUCAAUGUCUUCUUUAAAGAGCGUUAUGGACCAUUCUUGACUAAUAUAUGGACCAAGGUGUUUGUGGUUUUUCUCUAUGUAGGGUAUCUGGCUGGUAGUGUGUAUGGCUGUUUUCAAAUGGAAGAGGGCAUAGAUUUGAAACAUCUUGCACCUGAUGACUCGUAUGUCGCUAGCUAUUAUGACAACGAAGACAGAUAUUUCUCAUCUUACGGCCCCUUUGUCAUGUUAGUCAUUAAAGAUAAAAACGUUCAGUAUUGGGAGACAAGUGCUCGUCAAAACCUCAAAAAGUGCCUGAAAAAUUUGAAUCAUCCAAAAUGGUUGCCAAAAACAUGACUAUAUCUUGGCUUGACU